GCACGGAUCUUGAGUUUGAGUUACGCGCUCUGUGAUAAGAGAUGAAGUUGCUGCUCAUCGCUGGGCUUCUUGGUAUCCUGGCCAGCAUUGCCCUCCCAGCGACGUGUUCACCCCUUUUUCGAGGCAACAUAUUAAGUGGCCGCGCUGAGAAGCCACUGUUGGCACUGUCGCUCGAAUCGAGCGAAACGCUGCCGGAUGUAGCUCCGGUUUCAUCGGAAAAGAUGCCCCACGACGAUGGGAACGGUUUCCAGCGCCCCGGCUACCGCCAUAAACGUCCACCGACCACGACGACGGCGAACUCGCAACGAUUCUACGGCGUAGUGCUGAGUGUGCUGCAAUUGCUCGAAAGCCAAGCCCGCCAAGAAGUACAGCGAGCGCGGGUCCAACACGCCCUGGCGCAACAUUCGCUAGACGACGACGACGACGACGACGACACUGAAGAGGUGGCCUGAUGGUGGUCAAUUUGCUGGCGGAAGGAAAACAUAAUCAACUUCAACAACUCCGCUUGAAA